AUGAACGACCUUCGUCCCUUCAAUGAGUGUUCAUGGAAGUAUUUAAAGAAUUUCAUCGACGACAACAAACUUAAUGUGAAGAAGAAUGUUGGAGGAAAGUAUAAAAGAACACUCCAUCACAUCUACAUGGACAUUUUGGAGGCAUUGAAGGAAAAGCCAACAAUGCUCAUUCCAGUCAGGCCAGCAUCCACAUUUGAUCAAGUUAUAGAUCGUCAGCAAAUAAUAUCAGAUUCAAGAUUGACCUCUACAUUAUUGGUUUUCUAUGACACAGAAGGAGGUAAAACCAACCUUUUGUGGGAGUAUUCAUUUGUUCUUGCUGGAAAAGUAGUUAUUGUCAACAAUAAGUUGCAAUAUCAACCCAUUUAUAAGAAAGACGGAGAUACUGGUAAAUAUAUAUUCAAGAAAGACAAGUUCAAUGGUAUCAAUUUAGAACCAGUAAGAAAAGUAAUGGAACAAUGGUUGAAAGAAUUUUCAGCAAAACAAAUCAUUUUGGUUGGAUGA